AUGUGGAAGGCUGUGGGCCAUGCCAACAAGUACCCGCUCAUGCAAACCGCCGAUGCCAUCAUAUACGAUCCAAGGAGGUGCCUCACCUUGCACAUGUACGACUUAAAUGCAGAGUUCAAGCCUCAUUUGAACCGGCUCUACGACCAGUUCUACAAUGUAUUCAGCGAGGCUGGCUGCAGGGACACGAUUGGCAUCAUCGGGCUUGCGACGACGCAUAUCUGCUGGCCACAUAUCAAAAUGCUCUCGUACAGGGGGGCCGUCUGGGACAGGAAGCGCUGGUUUGACCCGGGCAACUUCGUGUACACGCUGUUCUGGCUGUUGCUGGGGCAGAUGGCGCACCACGUUCUCGGCCGCCGAGGCCCUUCCCCGAAUGUCAGACUGGCGGCGAGCAAGUGGAAGGCGCUUCAAAAGAUGGUGCGCACAAGGUGGCCUCGCACACAUGACACCAACCACUGGCUCGAGCUCCACGGCGACUUGCUGGAGAUGACACUCGGAGUCGGGUACAUGGACCAGGAUCGGUAUUGGGGCGUGAUUCGUGCGUUGUCGCCGAUCCUCGCCGAGAUCUCAGAUAUCGUGACGUUUAUAGACGUGCAUGGGAUGCAGGGUUCCAACUUAGAGGAGGCCCUGAAGUUGGUCGCGCCCGCGAUCAACAAGCUCGCCAGUGAGCAUCUCAAUGGUGACAUCAGUGAGAUCAAGAGUGCAGCCGACAAGAUCUGCUCGCUCCUCCUCGAGCAUGGCCUGGCAUACCGCCAGCACUGCGACGUGGCCCACGUCGGCGUGCACAGCGACAAUCGCGGCGGCGUCGGCGUAGAAGUAUGCAACGUGCACAAGGUGCUUCUCCGCGUCGUGCGCCAGGGGUGGUCGAAGGCGGAGGCGGCAGCAGCUCGAUGCUUCGAGAUGCCGCCAGGCGCUCGCGGUGCAGCCCAGUGGAAGUUCAAUCAGGAUCUCGCAGUGGCGUCAGAUGGCUACCUCGCGCCCUUCUCCAACGAGGGCCAGCUGCGCUUCCUCGCAGUGGCGGGGUACGGCAGUCUGACGGACGAGGUCGAGAUUUCGGCUGGGAACCGUGUCUCGAGGGACAAGGUGCUGCAGCUGGCGCCAUCCUUCGCGGAACCUCUGGACCACGGCAUCGAUUUCUUGUGCAUCAAGCACCAGGUUGAGAGUUACUGUCCAGAGUUGGCGGACUUCUUGCAGGUGGCAGGCAACAGCGGUCACGACACUGAGCAGACGCCUUCGAAGAUAGCUACUAUGCUCUCCAUCCACAAGAGGGCGGCUGCGCAGCAGAAGCUGGUCGGCUCUGUGGAUUGGUCGAGGCUGGCGGCGUCGCUCGAGCGGACCGCGCCUUAUCUCAGCGGCCAGUGCGAGGACUUGGGGGAGUUCGUCAAGCACUACUCGGGCGGCACCGUGCCGAUCUGGCUGCACGAUCUCGAUGGGUGGUCAAAGACGUGCAGGUUCCUCCGCGACGUCGAUUCGAGGACGUUCAAGAUCAUCGCAGGCAUCAAGUACGGCCAGGGUGCAGAAUACAUCGUUGCGAUGGUCAAGGCGGCCAUUCAGGCUCCAGAGGCUUUCGUUCGCGAUGGGGUGUCCAAGCUCAUCACCAGCAGCGAUGCUCAGCAGGUGACGGGCUCCAAGAAGAUCUUGGUCGACCAGGCCGUGGCGUACAUCCGCGCCGCCAAGGCAUGGCUGCCGCAGGUGACGGGCAUGAGCCACACGGACAAGGUUCGAGUGCUCGCGGACGCGGAGAUUCGUUUCGUCAUGUUCAUUCAUGGCAAGAAGGCGAAGGGCCGCCCGCAGUUCAGCUCGCUGAGGGCGGUCGCGAACCAGUUCUUGGAGGACGUCGCCAAGAAGGACCCGCUGUCUCGGAACCUGCUGCAGCCGUGGACUGAUGCGUCGGACCCCGACGAGAAGGCGACGCCCGAGAGCGGCGAGGUCAUGGUCGAGUACGCUGGCCAGUCGGUGACCGCGGCGGCGAUCGCGAGAGCGGGCUUCAUCGUAGGCUCCACGGUGGUCUUGCGCAGUGGCGACCGCACGGUGAUGACCAUCGCCAAGAUCGACUCAGACGCGGUCUGGGUCAAGGCCGCGGGGAGGGCGAGGCCCGUGAGCGUGGCGUGCGGCAAGUUCUUGGACGAGUACCAGGACCGGGACGACCAAGGAUCCCAGAAGCAAACGGUGGCGAGAAACGCUCCAAAGCCCCCAAGAGCCUCUGACCAUCCCGAGAGCGAAGAGUACCGUGACGACCCCCCGAAGAACCUAAGCGACCACUGA